AUCGUUCAGUCUUACUUUUUACUCGCCUGUCGUCUUUUCAAACACUAAGCCUCAAGUUAAUGAAAAUUUUAUGUAUUCAAAUUUGUAAACUCCGUUUGGAAAUAUGGCGGCGAUAGGGCGAAGUUUCUCAAGAUCUGUGCAAUACCAACUAAUGCAUCCCAGGUGGAAUCAUUUGCUCUGCAAGGCCUGUGCGAGUUCCCACAUCCUUUCCCAACUCGAGCGCCACAAGAGAUCCUUUCUGAGGAGAUGCCACGACAAUCACUUCCACAAAACAAAUUCGAGUCCUGUGCCAGUCGAUACUUACGAUGUUCCUCGUAAACUGAAGCUAUUCGCGUUUUGGCAGAAGCUUCGAUCCAAUAUAUCCCUCCUCCGAAUGUCCCUCCACCAGCAGAGAUCCUUCAGCAAGGAGGUUGGGAAGUCCAAUAAGGACUCUGACGAAGACUGUGCCAACCUGGAAGACGCCAAGCCGGACAACAAGCCGCCGCCGAUGUGCCGGAUGGCUAGGAAGCGGAAACACCUGGACGACAUGAAGAAGAAGGCGGCGGAGGAGAAGGCCAAGGCCGAGGCGAACGCCGUCCAAAGUCUCGAUGAGGCCGUCGAUGAACUGAAAUUUUCCUGCCAGCUAAGCGCCGAGAUCAAGCAGUGCGAGGAGCGGCAGUACCGGGCGCUUUGCAAGGACCUGAAGAACAUAGAAAAGGAAUUCUCGCACGAUCCCCCCGCCGUGGACAAGCUGGUCCGCUGCAUGCUGAAGGGCAUUAAGAAGGGCUGCCUGCUCCACGCCCAGAAGAAGAUCUGCGCCCAGAAGGACGCCAAGCAGAAUGCGGCAGCCAUUGCCGCCGAGGCGGAGAAGGCCAGAAUGGAGGGCAAGAAGAAGACCUGCAAGCAGAUGGCGGAAGAAGAGGUGGGCUCCAACGAGAAGGAGAUGCUGGCCCUGAAGAAGAAGCGGGAAGAGGCCAAGCUGAAGAAGCUGCUGGCGGAAAUCCAGCAGAAGUGCAAGCGGGAUCACUGGGCGGGGGUGUGCAAGAAGAGAGCGGCAAAGGCGAAGGACGCCAAGCUGCGGAAGAAGUGCAAGGCGGCUGCAAAGGCUGAGAAGUGCAAGAAAAUGGAGAAGGAGAUCGAAGAGCGAAAGAAGUGCGAGGAAGAGGAGCGGAAGAGAAAGUGCAAGGAGGCGGCGGAGCGGAAGAAGUGCGAAGAGGCCGAAAAAAAGAGGAAAUGCGAAGAAGCCGCGCUCAGAAAGAAAUGCGAAGAAGCUCUCCAGAGAAAGAAGUGCCAGGACGCUCUUGAGAAAAAGAAAUGCGCAGACGCUGCCAAGAAAAAGAAGGAAGAAGAAGCUGCCGCAAAGAAGAAAUGCGAAGAAGCUGCCUUCCUUAAAAAGUGCCAAGAAGCCGCCCAGAAAAAGAAAUGCGAAGAAUUCGCAAAUGCAAAAAAAGGGAAAUGCGGUGAACCCGAAAAAGAAAAGAAGUGCGGAGAAGCUGAUCAAAAAAAGAAGUGCGAGGAAGCUGCCAUGAAAAAGAAAUGUGACGAGCUUGCCCAAAAAAAGAAAUGCGGAGAAGCUGACAAGAAAAAGAAAUGCGAAGAAGCUGCCUUGAAAAAGAAAUGCGAUGAGCUAGCACAAAAAAAGAAAUGCGAAGAAGCUGACAAGAAAAAGAAAUGCGGCGAUGGUGGAAAAAAAGAAAAGAGCAAAGAGGCUGACCAAAAAAAGAAAUGCGAGGAAGCCGCCCUCCAAAAGAAGUGCGACGAAGCCGCCCAGAAAAAGAAAUGCGAAGAAGCCGCCAAAAAAAAGAAGGCCGCGGAAGAAGCCGAGAAAAAGAAAUGCGAAGAGGCGGCAGCCUUGAAGAAGUGCAUAGCAAAUGCCAAGAAACAGAUCAGCGAAGACAAGGCCAAAGUAAAGCAGUGCGUAGAAAAGAAAAAGAACGAGAAGGCAUGCGGGGAGAAAGCUAAGAAUAAGAAAUGCGAGGAAGAAGCGGCAAAAAAGAAAUGCGAAGAGGAGGCGAAGAAAAAGAAAUGCGAAGAACUCCAGCUGAUGAAGAAAUGCGCUGCAGCCGAAGUCCAAAAAAAAAAAGACGAGCAGAAGAAAUGCGAAGAAGAGGCUAAGAAGAAAGAAGAAGCGGAGCGCCUCAAGAAAUGUUCGGAGGACAUUCGGAAAGGCUCCAAAAAGGAUGACAAAAAGAAAGGCAAGAAGGAGAAAGGCAAAAAGAGUUGUGGGAGCGAAACCAGAGACAGAUACUUAUCGGCCUUUGAGAAAGAAAAGGAAGGAGAUAAGUGAGGUUAUCCCGAAAAUCUGGGCCAAGGACCUUGGAGUAAAGGAGCCCGAGGAUUUAAUUUUACACAUUUUUUGAGCAUCCAGGGAGUUACUUAAUUUUAAUCUGGACAUACAACAAAUCCUUGAACUCCUUGAGCUCGAUUGGAAUUUAUUAUGAGAUUGAGAUAAAUUCGAAGCCCACUAACGCCGCCGCUAGAAAAAUAUUAAAAAAGAUACAUAUUUUUUGUUAAAUUUUAGGUGGUUUCUUUCAUAAAUAAACUGUAAGAAUAUUAA